AUGCUAUCAGUCGCUACAACGAUAUCCACAGUUUUACUUGUAAAUACCACGUCAUCACCAGCAUCUUCAUUAUCCUCAACAUUCAUAGUUAAUUGUAUCAGCAUGUUUUACAAUGAAACAGCUUAUUCAGUUGGAACCAAUCCUGUGUCAGUAACUGUGACAGAUAAUGGAACUUUCAAAUCUGAAAAUACGUAUGCUGUUGGCGCUAAUCCAUAUCUAGUCGUGACUAAUGAUUUGAACAAUGAUAGUAAAAUUGAUCUUAUUGUUGUCAAUCACGGUUCAGAUUCUGUGGGUGUUCUUCUCAAUAAAGGAAACUGA